GUAUUAUUAAACAAACACACUAAGUAAUUUUAAUGACUUCCUGAAAAAUGAUCUUGUAUAAUCUGAUUUCACCUGUGACGAUACCGAUUAACUUUUCAUUUGUAACAGUCUCACGGAAUAAGAUACGUAACAGAGCGGUUGAUCACUUCACAUUAUAUCUCUGACAUUACAUGAAGAUACAACGACCCCUUUAAUAAGGCGGAGUUAUAUUGUUCAUUGAUGCGUGACAUUGAAGUUAUAACUGAUGACAGCGUUAUUACGGUUCAAAUGAUCAGCGAACAGUGUUUUCUGCCCGUAAGGCGAUGUUUUCCGAAACUGGACAUUACAUUAUCAAAUUUUUACAACUUAUCAUUUGGAUUAUCAAUACCGGAGAGAGAGAAAGGUGAAGAAGUGAAAGAAAAAUCAGAGUCUCCUAAUAUGUUAGCAUUUUAUACGAUUAUAUAUUUACCAUUUUAUGUUGCAAUCAUUGGAACUAUUUUAUGGAGUGCUUUGUGUUACUUUAAAACUUUGCUACAAACUACCGAAAUAUAUCCAAGGUUAUAUUUCAAAGAAUCGACUUUAGCAUCACAUCUUAUUAAAAAGUGUAGAUUAGCAACUCGUCAGUUUUCGCCGCCCUUUUGGAUUAGAAAUAAACAUAUUCAGACAUUUUUACCGUUUUUUAUUCCACAAUGCAGUGUUCAGUUUAAACGGGAAUAUCUUCAGUUGAAAGAUAGGGGUGUGGUAGCGCUAGAUUGGGUUGUAAAUUUACAUCUUCAUCGAAAGAAAAGAAGAACUGUGUUAAUAGUUAUUCCAGGACUAUGCGGAACUGCAGGUGGGCUUUCUAAAAUAUGUCAAUACGCAUCCAAACGAGGAUUUCAACCUGUUGUGUUUAAUAGAAGAGGACUGGGAAAUUCUUUUUUAACAACCCCAAAACUACAAAGCUAUGGCGACCCCUCGGAUUUCAGGCAAGUUAUUAAAUACAUAAAUGGAAAAUAUCCAAAAGCACUUGUAACAUGUGUAUCUUACGGAACCGGAAGUGAGUGUUUACUCUCGUAUCUGGGUGAAUUUGGAUCGUCUGCUCAAAUUAGCGCUGGAGUAAGCGUAUCUGCUUCCUUUGAAGUUGCUCAUAGAACGUCAACGAAAUUACAGGGUAUAUAUGAUCUUUUAUUUUUAACAUUAUUAAAGAGAGUUGUCUGGAAACACGCUAAAGCUUUGACGAAAAUUAUUGAUGUUCCGAAAGCUCUAAAAGCUUGGACUUACAAACAGUUCGAUGAGGCUGUGUUUUGUAAAAUGUACGGGUACAGUGAUUUAGAAGAAUUCUGGGAUAGAAACAAUCCCCUUAGAGAUGUGGACGAUAUAUCGGUGCCAUUAUUAUUUAUUUCGAGUGAGGACGACCCUCUUCAUUCUAAUAAAAACAUUCCAUUAGAUCUAUUCAAAUAUUAUCCUAACUUUUUCAUGCUGAUGCCCAAAUAUGGCGGCCAUGGCGGAUUUUUAGAUGACAUUGCAGCUCUUUCAUGGGCCGACAGAGUUGUUAUAGAUUAUUUAGAAGCAAUAUUGGAAUUUACAAUGAAAGGAUAUACGAUUAAUUACAAUAAAAGUCCUGCGAGGUCGACUAUAUAAUGUAAUAUUUAUUGUUAAAUUAUUUGUUAAGUUUCAUUUGUUGAAUAAAAUGGAGAAUAAUCCUAA